AUUGCAGCUGCUGAGCAGGAGCACAGAAACUGGUGCUGCGGGGUCCUGUUCACACAGGGGAAGGAGGAAGACCGGUUCAGAGCGGAUUCAUAAGUUGGAGAAAAGAAGAGGAGAAAAAGAAGAAAAGAAGUUGCCCAAAAGUUCGAUGUGAUUGUUUUCUGUCACAGAAAGUCCUGGGAAGCAACACGUGAUUGCCCUCACAUUCAUAACCUCUCAGCAUGGACCGGGACAGUCACAGCGAGGAUACUUUGUCCACCAUGGUUCUAGAGAACAUUAAAAACAAACUGAUUCAUGCUUUCAGAGCGACAGGAGAGUCCAGAGAAGAUCCUCAAGACUCUGGAUCCACUGUCAGACCAGUCAGCAUCGGCAGGAGUUACCAAGCCAACGAAGAGCUGAGGAGGGCGCAAAUAGAUGGAGCAAUAACCUGGCUGAGGUCCGAGCUGCUGGAAAUGCGCUCACAGGACCUCCAGCUGGCUCAGACACUGCUGGGGCUCAACACAGAGAUCCAAAGACUGAGGAGGGAGAGUUUCGGAGGUGUGGAAGUAGAGGGGGAGGAUCAGCAGUAAACCGCCUGCAGUGGAGAGCCCCUUUUUUGGGGAAGACCUAAGAAUGGCUAGAGGAUGAACUGGUUGAAAGACGCCGUUACUGGAACCUGUGGUGGACAAGUAAAAUGGCUCUGAUGCAACUGAAAACUCAAAAAUUCAAAUGAAAAAUAGCGAAUGCAUGUGCUUAUGAUAGCGGCUCUGUGAUAAAAUGUGUCAUGGUACAAAAUAGACACCAGUUGCAUGUAAAGUAGCCUGGGUAUAGGAAUAAGAUGGAUACAAUGUUCUUGGCUUUGUGUGAUG